CCAGAGGCCUUCCCUCGACUGAGCCAGGCUGAGCCAGGCUGCUGUGUGCUGCUCUGCUGUGUAGCCUGCUCUGCCCUUGGAGGCGCACCCCCCUGCGCUCUGACUUCCCCUCGCCCUCUCCAUUAUGCUCUGCCGCUUUGUUUCGCGGAGCAUACCAAGAAAUGCAAUUGGAUUUAUUGCAUCACUUGGCUGCCUGGCCUCCAGGCAGAAGCACACUCUUCCUGACUUGCCUUAUGAUUAUGGUGCUCUUCAACCCCAUAUUAGUGCAGAAAUUAUGCAGCUUCACCACAGCAAACAUCAUGCGACAUAUGUAAAUAAUUUGAAUAUUGCUGAGGAAAAAUACAAAGAGGCACUGGCAAAAGGUGACGUAACUGCCCAAGUAUCUCUUCAGCCAGCUCUGAAGUUCAAUGGUGGAGGUCAUAUUAACCACACUAUCUUUUGGACAAACCUUUCUCCUAAUGGUGGAGGGGAACCAACAGGGGAACUAAUGGAAGCCAUUAAGCGUGAUUUUGGCUCCUUUGCAAACUUCAAGGAGAAACUAACAGCUGUCUCAGUUGGUGUCCAAGGAUCUGGAUGGGGAUGGCUUGGUUUUAAUAAAGAACAAGGUCGAUUGCAGGUUACUGCCUGUUCCAAUCAGGAUCCUCUGCAAGGAACCACUGGUCUUGUUCCUCUGCUAGGAAUUGAUGUAUGGGAACAUGCAUAUUACCUUCAGUAUAAAAAUGUUAGACCUGACUAUCUCAAAGCUGUCUGGAAUGUGAUCAACUGGGAAAAUGUAUCUUCAAGAUAUGCAGCUUGCAAAAAGUAGAGUUCAAUUUUUGUACAGACAUGAACAAGAACCUUGGUGUUCCUUGGAUUAUUUUUGUACAAGGUCUAACAGCUGGCUUGCUAAUUUCUCCACCACUGAAAAUAUAGCACAUUAAACAAAAGUUCUUUGCCAGUGAGCUAAAUGUUUGUCUAAUUUGGUGAGAGUUAAUAAAGUGUAGUUCUUAGAAGUGCUAAUCCGCUCUUCAAAACAGUAAUACUUGAUCCAAUGCUCUGAAAGAAUGAUUUUCAAAACAUCAAGAUUACAGCCGAAAUCUUUUUUGAUGAUGCUUCCUUCAAGUGUGUAUCUUGUGCUGCAAAGAAUGAGCUAGGCAUACCAAAUUUAUGAGGAGGAUCAUUUUAUAGACUGGAUUUCAUGAAAGCUGAUGUAUGUUAGAGCCUGGAAGUGCUUGAAUAAAAGGCAGUCUGUUAUAGCCUUUGUUUAAACACUUGAUAAUUACAAUAGCAAGAUUCUGAAUAUGUCUUGCAGUGGUUAAAGACGGAUAGGUUGGCUUUCAUAAAAUCUGUUAACAGGAGAAAAAAGUCAUAAUUAGAGAGAGAUCUGUGGUUGGAGUGUUCAGCAUGCGUGCAUUUUUCUUUUAUCUGUUUUAGAGGAAGUAUCCAUUUAUGGCUACUUUUGUAGUGUACUGUUAACAAUGGAUGAUAACCAAUUUGUUUUCUGAUAUUGGUCUGUCUGGCUUUCUUUUUUGCACUACAAUGUGAUAUAUCAACUUGGUUCUCAAAAUAAAUUCUAAAAUUGACUCAG